AUGAAGGUCAUCAGCAAGGAAGAAGAGCAGGAGCACUAUGGACAGGUGAUUAGGGGUGGUCUCGUUGGUGGCACCGCCGGUCUCGCACUGGGGCUUGCCGGCGUCAUUGGCGCGUCGCGGCGAUACCAGGCCUUCCGGUCCCUGACGCUGCCGUUCCGGUCGUUCCUGGUGACGUCGUCGGCCACGUUCGGCGCCAUAGUCGUGGCCGAGCGGUACAGCAUCAACUACCAGCGGUCGCACGACAGCAUGCACAACUAUCUCGACGCCACGCACCGCGCCGCUGAGGAGGCCCGCCGCGCCGAGCAGACGGAGCGCCAGCGCUUGCUGGACUGGUGCCGCGAGAACCGCUACAGCAUCGUCUUUGCCUCCUGGCUCGCCUCCAUGGGCCUCGCCCUCGCCAUGGUUGGCCGCAACCGCUACCUCAGCACCAGCCAAAAGAUUGUCCAGGCCCGUGUUUACGCCCAGGGGCUCACGCUCGCCGUCCUGAUCGCGACGGCUGCCUUCGAGACGGCCGACGCCAAGGCCGGCAAGGGCCGCUGGGAGACGGUCACGGUCGUCGAUCCCAACGACCCUACCCACAAGCACAUGAUCGAGAAGAGGAUCCAAAAGGAGGAUUAUGAAGGCGCAGACCUCUGGAAGCAGAUGGUUGCCGCCGAGGAGCGGCGCAUGGAGGAACAGAAGAAGCAACGCGAGGCGCAAGUCCAGCACCAGGCGAAAAGCGAGGCUUCUUCCUAG